CUUGCCUCCAGCAUACAAUGGCAAGUCACCCUGCAAAACCUGAUACUAAAAACUGCAAGAGAUCAAGAGACUUGGAGCCUCAGAUGCCAGAUAAUCCACAACAGACUUCUCUUGGAAAGUUAGAGUCUUCUUUGUCUGAAAACUCUGGACUAUUUCCUAAAGAUGAAGUUCUGGAGAAAGAUUUAAGUGCAGAUAUGAGCAAGGAAAUAAAUGUAAUGAUGUCUGCAUAUGCAAAGCUCUUAAGUGAGAGAGCAACUGUAGAUGCAGCUUAUAUUGAUGAGAUAGAAGGACUCUUCAAAGAAGCCAAUAUUAUUGAAAACUUUCUAAUACAAAAAAGAGAGCUCCUGAGACAAAGGUUUACAGUAAUUGCAAACUCACUGCACAGGUAAAAUUGUGUAUUUAAAAGAGCUGAAAAAUUAAGCUCAUUAUCGUUGCAAAGGAAGAAUAUUGUUUACUCUCUUGAAAGCUCUCUGGUUGUUAAAGAAAAUGUGUACUUUAGACAUAGAGAAAAUUUCUUGAAUUGUGUUUUGGAUUUAAGUUUUAAAAUUAGACAUUAAUGUGAAGAGUGCAACUUUACUUUAAGGGUCAAUCAUUUGGCAUAAUUUAUCAAAAUGUACAAUCAAAUUAUGUAUGUGUUCUUUUCUAUUUUUUCUUAAUCCUCUUAAUCUUUACUAAGCUUAUAAAUGAAAACCCAGUGAGUUAGUCUGAUAAUGAUGAACAAUAUUGCUCAAAUUUUCUUUUUGACUUUUGCUUGAAAUUCAGAAAGCUUUGCAGUCUUUCAUGGUUUAAUAUGAUUUAAGAAAAUCAGAAUAUUAAUUUGUCCAUUUUUUCCAUAUGUAAUAAAAUCUAAUUGCAUUAUUGUUAUUUCAUAUUACCAUUAGUUACUAUUGACAUAUAAUAUUAUCAUAUUGUCACUAUUUAUUAUGUGACUAAUAAAAAUUUGGCAUAAAAUUGCUGUCUUGUGGUAAAAGUAAUAUAAUAAAAACCAGAAAUUACUAC